AUGUGGUGGAGUCGGUUUCUGCUUCUGAUGGGUCAGUGUUUCGUCUCCACCUGUUACCCGUAUAAGUACCACUUUAUUAGAGAAGACAAAACCUGGGAAGAAGCACAGAAAUACUGCAGAGAGAAUUAUGCAGACCUGGCCAGCGUGUUUGACAUGGCAGACAUGGCGAGACUGCGUGAAUCCACAGAGUAUGAAGGAAAGAAGAGAGACGGUAAAUCGGUCCAUUUGAUUGAGAAGAAGAUAACCUGGACACAGGCUCAGAACUACUGCAGAGAUCACUACACUGACCUGGCCAGUGGACUUGAUCAGGCGGAUGGGGAAGAAUUUAAGAUCCUGAAGGAGUCCAAUGGCUCUCCGAUGACUGUGUGGAUCGGCCUGUUCAGAGACACCUGGAGGUGGUCAGAUGGAAGAAAUUUCUCUUUCAGGCACUGGGAUAUGGAGUUAUUUUAUGAUGGACAAAACAACAGGAAAUGUGCUGUGACUCUGUUAAACAGAUCAGGAAAAUGGAGCUCUGAUGAAUGCAACAACAAAAAUCCUUUCUUCUGUUAUGAUGAUAAAUUGAUUCUGAUCAAUGAAAACAAGACCUGGAAGGAAGCCUUGGAUUACUGCAGACUGCACCACACUGACCUGGUCUCCAUCACUAACCCUCACCAACAGAGAUGGGUGGAGAGGAGAGCCAAGAAUGCCAGCAGUCCCUACGUAUGGGUGGGACUGCGCUACAGCUGCGUGAUGGAUCUGUGGUUCUGGAUCAGUGACAAACUAGUCUGCUACGAGAACUGGGCUGAUAAUGGAAAGAUUGAGGAGUGUGGUAGGUGUGCAGCUAUGGAAAGAGGAGGACGGUAUCAGUGGGUCAGUCAAAGAGAACAUGAGAAAUAUAAUUUUAUUUGUUCUAAACAAUAA